AUGGCUGCCAGAGCACAAUUCGAAAAUUCAAAUGAAAUCGGUGUCUUCUCAAAACUCACCAACUCCUACUGUCUCGUCGCUGUAGGCGGCUCCGAGAACUUUUACUCAGCUUUCGAAGCUGAGUUAGGUGAUUCCAUCCCUAUUGUUCAUACAACAAUUGCAGGUACCCGUAUAAUUGGUAGAAUGACCGCAGGUAACCGUCGUGGUCUUUUAGUCCCCACACAAACUACUGAUCAAGAAUUACAGCAUUUGAGAAAUAGUUUACCUGAUUCUGUCAAGAUUCAACGUGUCGAAGAAAGACUAUCAGCUUUAGGUAAUGUCAUCUGUUGCAACGAUUAUGUUGCGCUUGUUCAUCCUGAUAUCGAUAGAGAAACUGAGGAACUAAUAGGUGAUGUAUUGGGUGUUGAAGUUUUCCGUCAAACAAUUUCCGGUAAUAUCUUAGUGGGAUCUUACUGUGCGUUGAGUAACCAAGGUGGUUUAGUUCAUCCACAGACUUCUGUGCAAGAUCAAGAUGAAUUGUCUUCCCUUUUACAGGUACCACUAGUAGCAGGUACAGUUAACAGAGGUUCAAACGUCGUUGGUGCAGGUAUCGUCGUUAACGAUUAUCUCGCAGUAACGGGUCUGGACACUACUGCUCCAGAGUUAAGCGUUAUAGAAAGUAUCUUCAGACUGCAUGACGCACAGCCAGAAUCAAUCCAAGGUAAUCUAAGAGAUACUUUGAUCGAGACCUACUCUUGA